AUGGAAUAUGGCGCGCUGGGCCAUGCGGCGCCAUACUCUCGGUGCCUCGGCGGGCAACCGGGGGUGCAGCAGCGGAGGCGCGCCGCGCGCGGCGCCCGGCUACAGUCGCUAGCCAGCCCCCAGCGCGGCCCAUUCGCCAGCGGCCGUCUCCGGCCGGCCGGCCGCGCCGCCGCCGCCUCGCCCGCGCUGGCCACGCCAC